CCUGGUCUCCCCGGCUAGACUAGCGCCAGGGGAGGGAAGCUCCUCGGCUGCUAGGCCUGGGCGCGCGCCCGAUAGUCGUGCAUGGCUUCCUUUUGCCACGUGGCGUUUGUUGAUUGGUGACGUGGCCGUCCCGCGACGCGCGCGCAGGGGUAGCGCCAGCAGUGAGGUUGACGCGGAAACACAAGUGGAGCGCAACUAUAAGGGUGAGAGAUGGAGGCGGGGAGGGAGCUACAACAAGAAGCAGAUGAUUGGCUGGUGACAUUGGAGCAGGGAUGCAGGCGGUUACAGGUGAUGGUGGGAGAGUUGUCUUUGCGGUCAAUUGAGGAGCCAGAAGACGAAGGGGGAGCGAUCUCUAUGGCUGUUUGGUUGAAGAAUAUGGCCGACGACAUGCCGGAUAUCAUCUGGUGGCUGGAGGAGGGGCCGGAUCCUCAGCUGGAAGCCUGCAUCGACUCGAAGACGACAAAGGCCAUGAUGUCUACCUGCUAUAACCUCUUCGCUGAGGGUCGCAACCUGCGCUAUAAGCUUGAAGACCGGUUGAAGGGCAAAGACGACCUGGAGGGUGAGGACUGGCAGGAGGACGGAGUGGAGGGAGACGAGGUUAACUCCCGCAUCAGCAUCAACAACAACAACAACAACAACAACAACGACAACAACAACAUCAACGAUAACAACAACAUCAACAACAACAACAACUACAACAACAACAACAACGACAACAGCAACGGUUACAGCGACAACAAUAAUAAUGACAACAUCAACAUCAACAACCAAAACGUCAACAACAACACCUACAAUGGGAGCGUUGAACAUGGCAGCAGCAGGGUGGAGAACGGUGCCCGCGCAUAUCUGAUCGUCGUCAGCGACAUGGGAGAGAUGCCGCAUGUGGAUGCGGUGGAAUUCGGGGCUGACAACAACGACGGCGUGGGCGGCAACAACGAUGAUACCGGCAGGGAUUACCAUGACAACAGUCACAACAACAACAACAAUAAUAACGUCGACAACAACAACAGCGGUGAUGGUGGCAGCGACGACGAUGGCGGCAACGACGACCUCGACAGCAGCAGAGCUGAGAGCAUCAGCAUGACUGGAGAGAUCCUGCAUGCUGACAUGGAGGGGAGUGGGCUUGACACGGAUAAGAGGUUUACCAGCUCCCUCCCCCCCUCCCCCUCCCCCUCCCCCUCCCCCCUCUCAACCUCGUUGGUUGGCUGAAGUUAGGAGUGGGAUAGUCGCUGUUGGGAUUGGGAUAGUAGUUGUUCAUUGUUGUUAUCCGGCCCACAAUAUCAAUCAACAUCGGACUGCUGA